AUGGUAGCCAGGAAACCUUUCUCACAAGAAGUAGUGAAACUUUGGAACGAAUGGGAAAUUCGAGUGAUUGUUUUAUUGAGCCUCUUCUUACAAAUCAUCCUUGUCAUAUUUGGUUCCAGACGCAAAUAUACCAGAAAUAUUCAGAUAUUUCUCUUUGUUUGGUUAGCAUACUUGACAGCAGACUGGGUGGCAACAUUUGCUCUGGGAAACCUUGCUCGCAACCAAGUAGAUCAUGACAGUAUGUCUUUCCAAUCAAACAAUAUGCUACAGGCAUUGUGGGCGCCAUUUCUUCUCUUGCACGUUGGUGGCCCAGAUACUAUCACGGCGUACUUUUUAGAAGACAAUGAGUUGUGGUUAAGGCACUUUCUUGGACUUGUCAUCCAAGUUCUACUAGCAAUCUAUGUCAUGAUACGGUCUUGGAACAACAAUACCGCGCUCAGAUUUAUAGCCAUUCCAAUGUUUAUCAUCGGUAUUGUAAAGUGUGGAGAGAGGUGUUUGGUGCUUUGGUUUUCAAGCGCUCAGCAACUUAAAAAUUCUUUGCGCUCAUCUCAUGACACUGGCCCAGAUUUUGCUAAAGCACUGGAACUUAUCCACCGUGGUGUUGAAGUAGAUGUACCCGAUGAUGGACAGGAUAACUCAGACCAAAAGAACGAUCAUUAUCUUGUAAUGGCUGAUUUAUUGUUCCAAAGAUUUAGUUGUCUCUUCGCAGACCUAAUUCUUGAUCAUUAUGAACGAAAAAAGAGCUACUCCCUCAUUCCCAAAGAGUCAGCAAAAGAUGCCUGCAAAUUGGUAGCGAUUGAGCUUGGAUUCAUGUAUGAUGUGCUCUACACCAAGGCAAGCACAAUUUAUUCCGGAUUCGGCAUCUUUCUUCGAUGCUUCUGCUUCUUCUCCCAUGUUUCUGUAUCAGUUGUCUUCUUAAUCAUCAUCUUCAUUACGGAAAAGCAUGCCUAUACGCUGAUCGACAUCUCCAUAACUUCUGUACUCCUAAUUGGGGCUAUUUUUCUGGAGAUUUAUGCAUUCAUCAUACUUCUUUUUUACGACUGGACGAAGCUUUGA